UACCCAGCGCUUUAUAAUAUGCACGUGGGCUCACAACGUUUAUUUUAGUUUUUUGUAAAGAAAUUUGAAUUGAAGCCAUUAUACAGGACUUUCUUCAGGAUGUCGUCUUCUUUUUUCCUUAAGCCUGGCUCAAAAGCCGGCAAAAAGCGCAAGAAUCCCACAGUAGGAGCAGCAACAACAAAAGGAAAACCCCUCAAAAAAGGUGGGAAACCGGGCAAGUCUGCAAAAUCAGGACAACCAGCCACAGGUCCCGUGCCAAAGAAGCAGCGGCGACCCAAGGAGGAGGACGAGGAGAUUGCCAGUGAUGACGAUGAGUACAACAGCGACGCGGGCGGCAAUACGCUGGCAUUUUCCUCUGACGAAGGCGAAGAGGAGACACCCCAAGACAAACGCCUUCGCCUAGCCAAGCAAUACCUUACGGAGAUCGAGAAGCAGGAAGCUGAACGUGCAGAAGACAAGGAACUGAGUCAAAGUGUGGAACAGCGCUUACAAACAGAAUACCUGGAUAGCGUGGGCAAACUUCGUAGAAACAUAGCCGGCAGUCUGAAGUCUUGCGAUACCAGCCGAGUUCUUAAGCACAAAAUCCAUCACACGCCCAUCUGUUCCUUGGCCCUUAGUCCGGACGGAAAGUUUCUAUUCGCUGGAGCCAAGUCGCAGUUCUUGCUGAAAUGGUGCACGGAAACUGGCAAAGUACUGGCGAAAUCAGACGUUCUGCCGCACAGGGAAGAGCCUGAAACAGGCAAGAAACGCCGUUCCCAUAUCAUCGCCAUCUGCUUGUCCUCGGAUAUGAAGUAUCUGGCUUUGGCCGAAGGUGGGCCCCACAUCCAAAUCUGGUGCCCGCAGACGAUGAAACACUUAAAAACCCUAAAGGGUCACAGAGAUAGUGUAGCGGGACUGGUUUUCCGCAAGGGAACCCACGAUUUGUACUCGGCUGCCAAAGAUCGAUCAGUGAAGAUUUGGUCCCUCGAUGAAAUGGCCUAUGUAGAGAGUUUAUUCGGUCACCAGACGGGAGUAACCAGUAUAGAUGCAUUAAGUCGAGAGCGAGCAAUAACCGCUGGUGGUUCGGAUUGCUCGUUGCGUAUUUGGAAAAUAACAGAGGAGUCGCAACUAAUUUACAACGGCCACAAAGACAGCAUUGAAUGCGUGAAGCUCAUCAACGAUGAGCACUUUGUUUCAGGCGGGAUGGACGGAGCCGUUAGUUUAUGGAGCGCUUUGAAGAAAAAGCCAAUUUGCACCACGCAGUUGGCGCAUGGACUUGGGGAGAAUAAGGUGGCCAACUGGCUCACAGCAGUGGCUGUGGUAGUCAACACGGAUUUGGUGGCAACAGGGUCCUGCGACGGCUUUGUCCGACUCUGGCAAACGAAUCCAAACGCCCGAAAACUGGAAGAAAUUCGAAGCAUACCUAUUGCCGGGUUCAUCAAUGGGCUGGUCUUUAACAGCGACGGAACCAAGUUGUUUGUGGCCGCCGGUCAGGAGCACCGCUUGGGUCGAUGGUGGCGACACAAGGAGGCCAAGAAUCAUAUAGUUGUAGUCGAUGUAAAGCUACAGAACGCGGCUAGCAAAUAGGUUUAGUAAUAAUAGUAAGUUGUAUAGUUCAUGUAACCAGUUACAGCCUGAAAAUGUAAAAUUAAAAAGAUUUUAGU